AUGAGCGCUUUGCUAUCUGAAAACGAUCUUAAUGACUUUAUAAGUCCCGGGCUUGCUUGUAUCAAACCCACCGAGACUAUCAAAGAAGAAACGAGCUCGAGCAACGAACUUGAGGUUGGAAAGGAGUCUAAUGAAGUAGAGAAGGUAUCCAUUUCGUUACAAGACUGCUUGGCCUGUUCGGGUUGCAUCACCUCCAGUGAAGAAAUUUUGCUGGGCCAACAAAGCUAUACAGUAUUCCUAGAGGCCUGGCGGAAACUUCCGGAAGACUCUGUCUUGGCGGUAAGCAUAGCGCCCCAAAGUCGGCUUUCGUUGGCCAAAUACUACAAAGCAGAGCUUGAUGACUUUGACAGAGGCUUUGUGAACUUCAUGCACAAAUACUUCGGAGCCCGAUACGUCGUGGGAACACAAAUUGGCCGCAAUAUCACCAUCAAGCAGACCAAUGAAGAACUGGUCAGACGGAAGCAAUUUGAGGCAUCUGCAAAGCCAGCACUAUGUGCCGUCUGUCCUGGCUUUGUGCUUUACGCUGAGAAAUCAAAGCCUGAGCUAGUACCGUUCCUACUAGAUGUCAAGUCUCCCCAGCAGAUCACAGGCUCUUUAUUGAAGCAAAAAAACAAAAAUAUAUACCAUUUGGCUGUGAUGCCUUGUUUCGACAAGAAACUAGAGGCAAGCAGAAAAGAUGGUGAAAAUGAGGUGGAUUGUGUUAUCACUCCUCGUGAGUUUGUGACGAUGCUGGGAGAACUUCAGGUAGACAUCAACGAUUAUGCCGAUGUUUCGCAAAGUCGAUCUCUACUGAGCGCAUGCAGCCCCGAGGGCUGGGAUCCGGAGAUUCACUGGGCUUCUAAUGAAGGCAGCAGUUCCGGAGGUUUUGCUCUACAGUAUGUCCUUCAUCAGCAGAAAAUGCAUCCUGGUUCUGAAGUACACAUUGUGGAAGGUAAAAAUAGUGACAUCACAGAAUACAGACUAUUAAACAGUGUUGAUGGUGAAAUACUUGCAUCAUCAAGUCAAGUUUAUGGAUUCAGAAAUAUUCAGAACAUGGUACGAAAACUCUCUAAUUCAGGAACAAAGGCAAGAAAUGUAAAAGUACUUCGAAAGAGAAGCGCUAACACUACCUCGCGCGGAGGCACAUCAGCUUCGGCAGCUGAUCCAGUCAAAACGGAUUUUGUCGAAGUGAUGGCUUGUCCAGGAGGGUGCAUAAACGGGGGUGGGCUUUUGAAUGGCGAGCAAAAUAGCAGUAGAAGGCGAGCACUGGCGAAGACUCUGGACAACGAGUAUCGCGACAGACUGCCAUCAGUUUACAAUGAGAGUAACGUCGAUUACGACAUGCCGUACAAGUACUCCUUCUCGCCAGUUGAAAAAUCAUCUGACGUGGUGACUGUGGGGAACACUUGGUAG